GCUGCAGCCAUUUCGUAUUAAAAUCACACGGGGAGAAUGCUAUCUUUUUUCCUGAAGACUACUCUGAAUCGAAUCCUGAGACAACCUGAGAUUUCGCGCGAUUUCAUUUCACGAAUUAGGGACCCUUUAAAUCACAGACUGCAAAGCAUCGCCACCUGUCGCCCAUUCGCUGAAAGAACUUCCAAAAUGACUGACGUCAAAAAAUUAUUCAAAUUCAUGGAACUCGUCGGCAGACUUAAGCAUGUCAAAAGGACGGGAUGGAUUCUUCACAACGUUGUGGAUCCUGAAACUAUAUCUGGGCACAUGUAUCGCAUGGCUAUGCUGUCGUUUUUGAUUGACAAUACCGAAAAUUUAGACAAAGUAAAGAUUAUGCAGAUGACCCUAAUUCAUGAUCUGGCUGAGUGCAUAGUCGGAGACAUAACACCAGUUUGUGGUAUUUCUCCCGAAGAAAAGCACAAAUUAGAAGACGAAGCAAUGCAAAAAAUUUGUGAUCUUCUGGGAGACAAGGGACCUGAUAUGUUGACAAUGUUCAGGGAGUACGAGGAACAGCAAACUCCCGAAGCGCAGUAUGUGAAAGACUUGGAUAGGCUAGAUCUAAUCAUGCAAGCAUUUGAAUAUGAAAAGCGUGAUAGUGUACCUGGUAAGCUAGAAGAAUUCUUUGUGUCUACCAAUGGCAAAAUUCGGCAUCCAUUUGUUAGCCAACUUGCAGACGAAGUAAAUGUCCAAAGAGAAGCUCUAGGAAACAUUCCAUUUAAUAACAAACCAUAAUCUCUCUUCUAAAUCAAAAAUACAUUUUAAGUAGGUAUCUUAAUUUGGUGAAGCUCUAGCUUAAGAUCAAAGACUGAAAAAGCUAUUUACCUAUGCACGUUCGUAUAUUGAGUCAGAUCUAAUUUUCAGUACUACUAUAGUGCAAGAAUUAAACUGUAUAUCGUUUGAGUUUAAUGUAAUUCGAUCUGGACCGGUCUUCAAAUUUCUGUGAAGGGAAUAAUUUUUCAGUCGAGCCUUUGCCAUAAUCAGACCAAAAAUCAAUAAAAGAAAAAUAACUGAAUUAUGAUAGCUACACGCGAGUUACUACGCUAAAAAUUAAGAUAAACCUGCUUCAGUACGUAUAACUUGAGAAGUUUUUGCAAUAGUUACAGUGUAUAGGUACAUUACACAUGGCCUGUCUGGCUUCUCCUUUGAAUGUAGAAAUAAUUUUUAUAGUGAUUCACAUUGUCCCUGACGACUGACGUGAUAUGGUUCUCUUGGUGUACUUUGUACUAUUUAUUUCUUUUCAUCAAUAUGCUAGCAGGUACUGCAUAUUUCAUUUCAAUAGCUGCCCUUAUAAUAUAUUUUUAAAUAUUGACGGUUGUUUUAAAAUACGAAAUUAAGUUAAUCAUUUUGUUACAUUCUUCGAAUCGUAUUUAUUCAAAUUUCGCUCAUAAACCGAUUCACCCUCUGAUCACUUGAUCAUCAAAUGCCUCCUUCGUGUACAAAAUCUAAUUAUUCAUCUUACAGUUUAUUCCCAAAGUUCAAACAUUUAUUUUACUUAUCAGCGAUUACAUUGUUGUUUUAAUUAAUUUUGUAUUUCCUUGAUGUAUCUGCAAAGAAGUAUUACUGGAUCAGUAAUAAGUUACAAAAGUAGAAUACUAGUUUUAUUGGUGUGAUAUAAAACAUUGACUUAUAUUAAAAUAAAAUAAAAUGAGUUUAUUUGAACAAUUUA